AUGGCUAUAGCGACGGCCGCUUACCACGAGCAGGUUCGAAAAGACCUCUACGCCCUCAUCCGGGGCAUGAGGAACCACAAGGGCAACGAGAAGGAAUACAUCCAGAACAGUUUGAAGGAAUGCCGCCGCGAAGUUCGCAGUCCCGACAUGGACAACAAGGCCACCGCCCUGCUCAAGCUCGUCUACCUCGAGAUGUUCGGCCACGACAUGUCCUGGGCCUCGUUCAACGUCCUCGAGGUCAUGUCUAGCCAGAAGUACCUGCAGAAGCGCGUCGGCUACCUCGCUGCUGUCCAGACCUUCCGUCCCGACACCGAGGUUCUGAUGCUGGCCGAGAACCUGCUCAAGAAGGACCUGAACUCGCCGCAACUGCCCACCAUCGGCCUUCCUCUGGUCACCAUUCCUCAUGUCGUCAACCCCUCCAUGGCCAACUCGCUCCUGACCGACCUCCUACCCCGCCUUACCCACUCCUCGCCCGCCAUCCGCAAGAAGACCAUCGUCACUCUAUACCGUCUGGCCCUAGUAUAUCCUGAAACUCUCCGCCCAGCAUGGCCAAAGAUAAAAGAGCGUCUGCUUGACGAGAACGAAGACUCGAGCGUCACCGCUGCCAUCAUCAAUGUCGUGUGCGAGCUGGGCUGGAGGAGACCACAUGACUUCCUGCCUCUAGCCCCUCGCUUGUUCGAGCUGCUGGUCCAAGGCUCGAACAAUUGGAUGGCUAUUAAGAUCAUCAAGCUUUUUGCUACUCUUGUCCCUCUAGAGCCUCGGUUAAUCAAGAAGCUGCUGCCUCCCUUGACCACUUUGAUCAAGACAACCCCUGCCAUGAGUCUACUCUACGAGUGUAUCAACGGCAUCGUUCAGGGCGGCAUCCUGGAUGGUGCAGAAGGAACUGUUGAAGGUGACGAGAUUGCUCGUCUCUGCGUCAGCAAGCUCCGCGGUAUGCUCGUGGUUGAGGGCGAUCCUAACCUGAAAUACGUCGCUCUGCUUGCUUUCAACAAGAUCGUUGCUUCUCACCCUCAACUCGUCGCGUUACACUCUGACGUUGUUGUCGAAUGUAUCGAUGACCCUGACAUCUCGAUUCGCACAAGAGCUCUGGAUCUGGUCUCCGGAAUGGUUGAUUCCAACAACCUCAUGCCUAUUGUCGAGCGUCUUCUUCGUCAGCUUAGAGAGGCCACUCCAGCCUCGGCUGCCGAUGAUCCGAUCAACGACAGAGGCAUGCAUGCUGGUGUGAUUCCUUCAGGAGAUUCAGACGACGAAGAGGCAACCGAGUCGUUGCGAAGACGUGAGGCGCACUCCUCAGAAGCCCCACCGCUUCCUGAAGACUACCGUCAGAGUGUUAUUGAGAAGAUACUCGACAUGUGCUCAAGAGACACGUAUUCCAACAUCACCGAUUUCGAGUGGUAUGUUGGCAUUUUGGUUGACCUUGUCGGUCGUUGUCCAACCGUGGGCACUCAGGCCUCGGACAACUCCGCAAAAUCCACCAGGGACGUCGCUCACAACAUUGGCCUCGAACUUCAGAACGUUGCUGUCCGCGUAAAGAGUGUGCGGCCAGAAGUGGUGGCUGCAGCCCAAUCGCUUAUAAUAGUUGAACGGAGAAGAGACAUGUUCCCUGCUUCUGGCAAUGGCGCACAGGCUGUCCUCGCUUCUGUGGCCUGGAUGGUUGGCGAGUACCCUGAUCUUCUUCCUGAUCCACAGGCCGUCUUGAGUUCGCUACUCCAUUCUUCGAGCGCUCAACUCCCUGCCAAUAUUCUUGCAAUCUACGUCCAAGCUAUACCCAAAGUAUUUGCCCGUCUGACCUCCAACCAGGAACGAUCAUGGACUGCCUCUCGCAAGUCACAAUCCGAUCUGCUAAUGGCCAGAAUUAUUCACUUUUUGGAACCGCUUGUACAACAUCCCAAUCUCGAAGUUCAGGAGCGAGCUGUUGAAUAUCUGGAAUUGAUGCGUGUCACUUCUGAAGCAAUUCAGGCUCAUGCUGUUGAAGUUGAAGACGAUGGAUUCGUCGAUACUCCGCUACUGCUUUCUCAGGCCAUACCCUCGCUUUUUAUGGGACAGGAACUAAACCCUGUUGCUCCUGGUGCUCUCACAAAAGUGCCGCUGACCGAAGGAUUGGAUCUUGACACGCCAAUCAAUGACAACCUACAAAUACUUUUGUCGCAAGCAGACUACGAUGACAUGUCCUAUCCGGAUGAAGACAAUGUUUCUAAGUUCUACUUCGAGAAGCCUUCAGCAUCAGCGGUCCAGCCCACGGCAGCUGCCGAUUAUCUGGAGCCGCAGGAAGCACAGCAGACUGGUUCUUAUCAGUCCGAAGACCGCAACAUUGAUCCCAAGGACAUUGCGAAAAAGCAGGCUGAGAGACGUGAGCGUUAUCGUGAUGAUCCAUUCUACAUCGACUCUGAGCGCGGGUCUGGAACUUCAACACCGUUACACAACAUCCUCAAGAGCAGUAAUGGUGAAGACUUGGAUAUUGAUUCAAUUCCUAUCAUGGACCUGCAACUCGACAGCAAUAAUACUGCGGCCGAGGCAGACCGCCUUCGCAAGUCCAAGGCUUCGAAAAAGUCACGCAACAAACGCGUCGAGAUUGCUCAAGACGAGACCAUCGGCGACGACACGCCGACUGUAGUGGUACCCGCCAAGGCAUCUCUUCUCAGCAGACCCAAGAAGUCUCUAUUGCACGUUGACAGCAGUGGACUUUCGACUCUCUCCCUGUCAGAGGACGCUUCUGCUCGCGAAACACAACUAGACUUCGAGCGCCGACAACAAGAGGAAGAAGAGAUGGCGAAAGCGAUCAAGGAAGUCGAACGUGCACGUCUGGAAAUGCAGCGAGCACAGGAAAGAGUAGAAGCAAGUCAUAUACCCGAAGAAGGCACCGUAGUCAAGCGUAAAAAGAAGAAGACGAAAACAAAGACUGAGGAGGAGAAGCCGUUAGAAUCAGAAAAAGCAUUAGGCGAUGAUGCGCAAGAUACAACGGUAGUCAAAAAGAAGAAGAAGAAAAAAGGCCAAGGAGGAAAAUGUGGAGGAUGCAGGAGAAAAUGCUGGUGA